UGUUAACGCUUCAACGUUUAACUUAAACGUUGGGUUAGUCUUUGCCUAGCUUUAAAUAACAUAUAAAAUAUUUAAAUAUCAGGUUGGUUAGUGUGUAUGGGCGGACCGGAAGUAGCCGCAGUAGUGUUUCCGGUAGGGAAGCGGUUUGGAGUUUAACGAUGACGGCGGCGGUGUUUUUUGGCUGUACUUUUAUUGCCUUCAGUCCGGCUGUGGCCUUGUUCCUGCUCACUAUCGCCCGGGAUCCUCUGCGGGUCAUUUUCCUCAUCGCCGGAGCAUUUUUCUGGCUUGUGUCCUUGCUGCUGUCGUCGUUGGUGUGGUUCGUCGCUGUACAGAUUAGUAAUAAAGACAGCGGUUCACAGCAGAAAGGCCUGCUGGUGUUCGGAGUGCUGCUGUCUGUCCUGCUUCAGGAACUCUUCAGAUUCGCCUACUACAAACUCUUAAAAAAAGCAAAUGAAGGAUUGCUGGCCAUCAGCCAAGAGGAGACAAUGCCCAUCUCUAUUCGACAGCUGGCUUACGUGUCUGGUCUAGGAUUUGGAUUGAUGAGCGGUGCGUUCUCAGUGGUUAAUAUCCUGUCCGACUCUGUGGGUCCGGGUACUGUGGGCAUCCACGGAGAUUCACAACAUUACUUCAUUUCCUCAGCCUUCAUGACUCUUGCUAUAAUCUUGCUGCACAUGUUCUGGGGCGUGGUCUUCUUCGACUCCUGUGAGCGUCGGCGGUGGUGGUCACUCGGGGCAGUGGUGUGCAGUCACCUCUUGGUGUCAUGUUUGACGUUUGUGAACCCGCAGUACGAAGGCAGUCUGAUCCCCACUUACAUGGUUCUGUGUGUGAUGGCCGGCUGGGCGUUCUCCUGUGCCGGUGGUUCUGUGAGGAACCUCAGGCUUUGUCUCACCUGCAGGGACAAAGACUUCCUCCUGGUCAAUCACAGGCCGAGAUAACGGAUUCUCUGUCUCUGUAAAGACUGGAACUCUCCGAGUUCAGGGAUUCUUAAACCCCAGACUCUUGUUAGAACCAUGAUGUGGGCAGGGGAAUUUUCCUUUGUGCGUAUUCUGCACUUUUUUUGUAUCUUUUUCCUUUUCUGUCUCUGUACCUCACCUCUGUCUGUGUGAGACAGAAAGAGAGAGAAUUGCAGAACAACUGGUUAUUUUAAACAAACUUUACAGUCAGUUCCUGCUGGUUUUGUCUGUGUGUUUAUUCUGUUCUUCGAGUGUUUCUUAACAAAUCUAAGCCAGAUUUACUGAUAAAUCUGUUCUUCUUUAAUAAUAAUAAUUUAAUUAGGCGGCACAGUGGCAGAGCACUUAACACUGUGGCCUCGCACCUUCAGGGUUGGGCUCGAUUCCCGCCUCAGGUCUGUGUGGAGACUGCAUGUUCUCUCCAUGCUUUGUGGGUUUUCUCUGGGUUCUCUGGUUUCUUCCCAUAGUCCGAAUACAUGCACAUUAGCCUAAUUGGCAUUUUUAAAUUGCCUGUAGUGUGUGCUUGUUUGUCCUGCGGGGGACUGGCACCCUGUACAGGGUUUCCUGUGCCAUGAGUCCACUGGGAUAGAUUCCAGGCCUUCUGCAACCCUGAACAGGAUAUAUAAAGAGCGCUAAAGAAAGUGAAAGAGAAAUGUAAUUAAGCAAGAUUAUGUCAAACAAAUAUUUGCUCUUCUGAUUAUAAAUGUCAGUUCAUUGAUAAAUUGACAAAUCAGUUGUAAAAUUUGUCAAAAAAAAUGAGUUCAUUAAAUAAAAAAAGCAGACAUAUGAAUAAACUGUCACAUAAACAUAAAAGACCAAUAGUUGCAGUACUUUUACUCUUGAAAUGUACUUUUUCCAUUUAAAACAAGUUAGAGUUAAUGAAAAAGUUUGUGAAAUAAAUAUGAUUAAAGUUGA